CGCCAGCGCAGGCCCGGCCCCGGCGCCCGGAACCGCAGCGCGGGGCCGCGUUCCCCGCCGGGCCGUUGCUGCGAGGCGCUGAGGAAACGGCGGCCGCGGCCCUUUCGAUUCCCGUUCCCCAUUCCCACAUGGCAAAACGGGGCCCUGCGAAGCCCGGGGCGGCGGGGCCGAGCCCCGGGGCCCGCGGGAAGGGCAGGAGGAAGAAAUUCUGGCGGCGCCCCGCGCAGCCUGCCGCCCCGCAGGGCCCUAAGAUGGCGGCGGCCCUGCCCCGCAGCCCGCAGGAGUUCUCCGCCAACUGGAAGGCGCUGCAGGAGCUAUUGAAACAAAAGGCAAAUAACUCGGAUGAGUCCCACUCUGCAUGUCAAACACACACCAAAAAGAAGCAUCCGCUCAAAGAGGGGACCAGCCAACAAGUUCCAGCUAGCAAUGGGAAUGAGAAAGUGGUAAAGCCCAAAUCCGCAAACAAAAAGGAAAAUAGUCCUGCUAAAGACGGUCCUCCUUUGGAUAAGAAAAAAUCCAAGGCGGUUGCAGUGGACAAGAAUUUAAAGCCCAAAUCCACAAAUAAAACGGACAACAGUUCUGCAAAAGACAAUCCUCCUUUGGCUAAGCCAAAAUCCAAGAAGGUUGCAACGGACAAGAAUUUAAAUGGCACCAAAAGCACUGGAAAAAGCUGCAAGGAAAAAAGGAAGAAUGGCAAUAUUGAAAAGGAGAAGGGUGAUGUAAAACAUAAGAAGAGGAAAGCUGAAGCUGUGGAGCAGCAGCCCAAAGAGGCUGACAUCUGGUUUGAUGAUGUUGAUCCAAAAGAUAUUGAAGCAGCAAUAGGACCUGAAGCAGCAGAAGUUGCUAGAAGAAAACUGGGACUUGAAACAGGCCGAUCCGAACAGUCCGUGGAGCGGGUGCUGGUUAAAGAAAAAUCUUCUGAUGGUCUGACAAGAACUGUAGCUAUGGACUGUGAGAUGGUGGGAGUGGGACCAAAGGGUGAAGACAGUAUUGUGGCUCGAGUGUCCAUUGUGAACCAGUUUGGAAAGUGCGUUUAUGACAAGUAUGUCAAACCUACAGAAGAGGUGACGGAUUACAGAACUGCUGUUAGUGGCAUACGUCCUGAGAAUGUAAAGACAGGUGAAGAUUUUAAAACAGUUCAGAAGGAGGUUGCUGAUAUCUUGAAUGGAAGGAUUUUAGUUGGGCAUGCUUUACACAAUGACCUAAAGGUCCUAUUUCUUGAUCAUCCUAAGAAGAAAAUGCGCGACACACAAAAAUAUAAACCUUUCAGGCAGAGAGUCAAGUCUGCACGGCCAUCAUUGAAGCUGCUCUGUGAAAGACUGCUAAAUGUUCAAGUGCAGACAUCAGAGCACAGCUCGGUUCAGGAUGCGCAAGCAGCUAUGAGACUGUACACCUUAGAGAAAAAGCAAUGGGAAGCUGCUAUUAAGAACAAAUCUAAAGACAAACUGUAAAACUUGAAUGAUUCUACGCUGUGUUUUUUAUCUGCAGUAUUUGCUGUUUUCUUGUCAGAUUCUGGGCAAAUUUAGAGAGCGCAACUCGGAACCAACAGCAGCUAUUUCAUAAAAUAAUACAAAAACAAACAAAAAACCAGCAGAUGACACUUCCAACAUGGUACAUGAAUGCUGCCAUACAAGAAUACUGCUGAAGUAUCCCCUUUCUGGACAGGAUAUAUGCCUAAUGCCUACUACUGUGUUUCAACAAUACUUGGCUGCACUUGUCAACUACUUCAUCAGUUCUAUUUCUGCAAAGGAAAUACACGCUGAGUUUAAAAAAAUAAAGUGUUUUUAAAUUAUGAUAAAUGUAGGAAAAAAUUGUUACUGCUUUACUGAAAUUACCAAGGUAAAAUGUUUAUUUCAGAUAUUUCUAAAGUCUACAAAGUAAGGCAAGUUCUUAAUUACUGCUGUUAGUCUCACAGUUGUAACUAAACCAAUGGAACAUAAACUUGUUUAUGUAUUAUUAAUGGCCCAAUAUUAAUCUUUCUGGUGAGAAAAACGUCUCAAAGUAUUUCAGGCUUUUAUAUCUGAACCAGAAGUCUACAAGAUUUGAUCUUAUAUACAAAAAAAAGUUUACUUUACUUUUGCAGUUUCACAAGUGCUGUAUCCACAAGGGUCAUUAUCUCCUGGAGAGAAAUAUGAGAAUUGUCAAAUAAGUACCUUGUUGCUUCAAUUAUUUUUAUACUUCUAAAUUAAUAAAGAACAUUGUGUUUAACAUAGCCCUUUAA